CGUAAGCUCCAAGUAAAUAAGCAGUGUGUGCCUGGUCCAGCAGCAGAGCAGAAACCAGCUGUGGCCCUGUCAAGUGGAUGUCCUGAUUCCUUAUUCUGACAUCCAGAGAAGACUUCAUCACAGAUCACUGCGAUGUCUGUAUCUAAUCUAUCAUGGCUGAAGAAAAAGUCCCAGUCAGUGGAUAUUACUGCUCCAGGGUUCAACCCUCUGGGUGCAGGAAAGCAAGCCCCACAAGCCAGCAAGCCCCCAGCACCCAAGACUCCCAUCAUAGAAGAAGAGCAAAACAAUUCAGCAAACACCCAGAAGCAUCCUUCCAGGAAGAGUGAACUGAAGAGGUUCUACACAAUUGGUUACAGCAACCAGUAUGAAGACACAUUUAGAAGUCGCCAUUCUGCCAACAGUAUCAGAGUUACCUGCCACUCAGGAGACACCCACAGAAUGCUGGCCUUUGCUGUGAAGGAAGAGCACUUCCCUGUAUGCCUUGUGAUAUUUAGGUGAGGAAAUGCCAACUGACCAAUGUCCCAGAAACCGAAUGAACACAAAGCUCCAGGUCACUGAGUUCCAACACCUUGUACAAACACUAGUUUGGGCACUCUGCCUAGAAGUCUGGAAACAAAACAAA